AUGGUGUAUAAAGAUAUACUAAUCAGUUCUGUUCCACUCUCCUCUCAGGUGUUGAAUGGCUUUGUUCUGGUCGUCACGGCUGGUGGCACAAUCUUCUAUGCAUCCUCCACCAUCCAGGACUACCUGGGCUUUCACCAGUCAGACGUCGUCCAUCAGAGUGUUUAUGACAUCAUUCAUAUGGAGGACCGAGCAGAGUUACAGAGACAGCUUCACUGGGCCCUCAACCCCCCUCUCACUACUGACACUGGACAGCUGGUCUCAGAUUCAGCCUCGCCACAGGCUGUCACAGUCUACAAGCCAGAGGCACUUCCACCAGAGAAUUCCACCUUCCUGGAACGCAACUUUGUCUGCAGGUUAAGAUGUCUCCUGGACAACUCCACUGGCUUCCUAGCCCUGAACAUCCAGGGGCGUCUAAAGUUCCUCCAUGGCCAGAGCGAGAGGACCAAGCAGGGCAAGGCCAUCCCGCCUCAGCUGGCACUGUUCGCCCUGGCCUCGCCCUUGCAGCCCCCCACCAUCCUGGAGAUCCGCACCAAGAACUUAAUCUUCAAGACCAAGCACAAGCUGGACUUCACCCCCAUUGCCUGCGACGCCAAAGGGAAGAUGGUGCUGGGUUACACUGAGGCUGAGCUGUGCAACCACGGCUCAGGAUACCAGUUCGUCCAUGCUGCUGACAUGCUGCACUGUGCUGAGAACCACAUGAGGAUGAUAAAGACCGGAGAGAGUGGGAUGACAGUAUUCAGGCUGCUGACCAAGCUGACAGGCUGGGUGUGGUUGCAGGCUAACGCCAGACUGGUCUAUAAGAACGGACGGCCUGAGUGUAUCAUCGCAUCCCAAAGAGUCCUCACUGAUGAAGAGGGAGAGGACAACCUAAGGAAGCGGAGCCUCCAGCUGCCUUUCAGUUACACCACUGGGGAGGCUCUUCUCUACAACACCAGCUUCUCCAAAACUCUGGUAACAGGGGACUCCUUAGCAGGCGACACCACCGGCCCUGCAGAAAAUACCACCAACAACAACCAGGAUGGAACCCUGGACCCUGACUCACUGCUGGGCUCUCUGUUGAAACAGGACACGUCUAUCUACUGCUGCUCCCCUCAGACUCAGAACCAGCUCCCGCUCCAACUCCUGCUGAAACAGGACAAGUCCAUCUACUUGUGCUGCUCCCCUCACACUCAGAACAAGCUCCAACUCCAGGAGGAGGUGGCAGGGCUUCCGCAGGAGGAGGUGGCAGGGCUUCCGCAGGAGGAGGUGGCAGGGCUUCCGCAGGAGGAGGUGGCAGGGCUUCCGCAGGAGGAGUGUGGGGGCAUCUUCUCCAGCAGCUGGCAGGAGGGCAGCAUCCUCUCUCUGUCAGAGAGAGUCCUCUUCAAGCAGGAGCCCUUGGGGGUGGGGGAUGGCGGGGGGAUCGACGGCUUCUCAUUGGAGGACAGAGACGGGGAUUUGUGGAGCUUCAUGAUGAACCUGGGCAUUAGUAGGGAGGACCUGGAGCUGUUCCAGCAGGAUGAGAUGUUCCUCGAUGUGGAUCUGGACGCUGGCCGAGACGGCCUCCUUCCUGACCUGACAGACGAGAUUCUCUCCUACGUACAGGAGUCUCUGAGGAAGAGGUCGGACUGGGGUCAGACUGUAUUCUCUUGCAGGGGGGCUAAGUUAGGGGAUCAGGACUAUAGCUGCCCUACCACGCUGUUACACCAACCGUCUCUGGAACAACCACUAACCCCACAACCACAUUCUACUACAGUGCCUCAGUGGCAGUCACAGAUACAGCCACCACACCUGCCUGUAGUCCAUCCCCGAUCAGUUCACCACUAUCAGUCUCCGCCCCACUACCCACAGCAGCCAAUACUGCAGCAUUGUUUACACACACAGCCCCACCCACAGACAGUAUUGCAGGCAACACAGCAGCAGCAACAGAGCCAUCUAAAUGGACAGGUAUUGCCAAACCAACAGCAGCAGCAACUGUGUAACAGACUGAAGCACAUGCAGGUGACUGGGAUGGGUUCAAUAACACAACGACAGAAAGACAUCACCAAGCAGCAGCAGCAGAUUCCUCCGUUGUUCAACGUGGAGCAGCCAGGGGGGCUCCAGACUCACCACGGCCACCCCCAGCAUGGGAACCUCUGCCUGGGGGAAGCUUCCCUGGCCCUGGGCCUCCCCUACAGGAACCAGCUGAACACUUUGUCUGUUAGCCGCUCAUCAGUGCUCUCCUCUUAUGUACCCACCACGGGCCUCCAGAGCCAGUGGGUGGACGGAGAGCUCACGCCCCAGAAUUUGGAGGAGUUGCUGGGCAGCCUGGAGUCCAGUGGUCCCCGGGGGACAGAGGAUGGUAGGGGAGCGCCCCACUGGAGUAUGGUGGAGGCCCUAGCUGUGUCCCAGCAGCAGAGGCACCUCCCUGACGGCCUGACUCAGUCUCAGGCCACCAGCCAGGGCUGGGCUCUGCAUGCCUAUCCCCUGGCUAUGGGGCUCAGUCAGGUCAACAGAGCAGAGUGGCCAUUCACCACACAGUUCCAGAACGGGAGCCUGAAGGAGGCUGGUCCAGCCCCUGGCCCUGUACCCAACCCUGGGUCCUCCAGGGGGGUAGACCAUGGACAUGCAGCAGCAGGGCAGCCAAAGCACCAGCCUCCUCCUCCCUCUGCUGAUAGCAGGCCCUACACUGACCUCCCUCUGAGUGGAUUCAUGUGAGACUGAAGGCCCUCCUCCUUGGAGGCUCCAGAGCCAGACGUUCCAAGGCCAGCCAGCUGCCCCCGGUCCCCUGGAGGGAGCAGAACCCUGACUGAUGACAGCACCACACAACAGAGGCUAGAGGGAUGAGGCUCCUCCUGUCUGGCACCCAGCUGCACAUGGCUCCCCUGAGACCACUAAGACUGUUUCCCAAAUGGGCUCUUGUCAAAAGUAGUGCACUAUAUAGGGGAUAGGGUACAAUUUGGGCUGCAGCCUAAAACAGGAACCAGGGCAUGUCUGGGAGUAUGGAGGACUUGGACUGGAGUUCAUGUGGAUCAUUUUGUUAGAGCUUGGCACUUGCAACGCCAGGGUUGUGGGUUCGAUUCCCACGUGGGACCGGUAUGAAAAUGUAUGCACUCACUACUAUAAGUCGCUCUGGAUCAGAGCAUUUGCUAAAUUACUAAAAUGUAAAAGUGAGAUUCACAUCCAGAGAGACUGUCUGAACAUCAGACAGCAGGCAGAGGGACAGUCAGAGACAGAGAGAUUGUGACAGACAGACGGAGGGAGACCAGAGGAAGUGGAUGAUCAAUCAAUCAAAUGUACUUAUAAAGCCCUUCUUACAUCAGCUGAUGUCACAAAGUGCUGUACAGAAACCCAGCCUAAAACCCCAAACAGCUAGUAAUGCAGGUGUAGAAGCACGGUGGCUAGGAAAAACUCCCUAGAAAGGCCAGAACCUAGGAAGAAACCUAGAGAGGAACCAGGCUAUGAGGGGUGGCCAGUCCUCUUCUGGCUGUGCCGGGUGGAGAUUAUAACAGAACAUGGCCAAGAUGUUCAUAGAUGACCAGCAGGGUCAAAUAAUAACAAUCACAGUGGUUGUAGAGGCUGCAACAGGUCAGCACCUCAGGAGUAAUUGUCAGUUGGCUUUUCAUAGCCUACCAUUCAGAGUAUCUCUACCGCUCCUGCUGUCUCUAGAGAGUUGAAAACAGCAGGUCUGGGACAGGUAGCACGUCCGGGUUCCAUAGCCGCAGGCAGAACAGUUGAAACUGGAGCAGCAUUACGAUCAGGUGGACUGGGGACAGCAAGGAGUCAUCAGGCCAGGUAGUGCAUAGAAAUACGUAUAAUGGACUAUAAAAAAAAGUCCAUAUGCGUUGAUUCAAGAAUGAAGUAGACAAAAUCUACGCCUCGCCCUAGUCUCAGCCAGUAUGUUGUCAUGGAGACUAAGUUUGGUUGUUGUUUUGUGUUAAACUGUCAGUUUCUGGUUGUGGUGAAAAGUGUUGUCCCCAGCCCAGAUUUGAAGACGCUGUCCUAUCCAUUGACCUCCACUAUGUCACCUCUGGUCCUGGCCUGAUCUGUGAUGUCGUCCCCUAGGCCCUGUUUGAAUGUGGACUUGCUUUAAAAAGAAAACAUGACUGUUUUUCUGGACAAACAAAAUGGCUGACAAGAAGCCAUUUUGUUUGUCCAGAAAAACAGUCAUGGUUUACUGGUCAGUGUGUCAGCAUGCCAUGUCAUGAACCUGAUGUAAUACUGAACAACCAGUUCUUUCAUUGGUCAAUGAGUAAGAUGAGAUGAUGCAGAACUCAAAUGUUACCAAUCCUUUGGGCCCGUAUUCAUAAAGUAUCUCUGAAUAGGACUGCUGAACUAGGGUCAGUGUUUUAUUUUAGAUGAUAAUGAAUAUGAUUAUUUGGAGAAGGGGGGUGGAUCUGAUCCUAGAUCAGCACUCCUACUCUGAGACACUUUAUGAAUACGGAGCCUUGCUUUUUAAGUCUCCACUAUAGCAUUCUUGCUUUUAAAGUCCCCGUACUAUAGCAAUUACUUGGACAGAAUUUAUUGUUAAUAUAUAUAUAAGCCAUUGUUUGCUUAGAAAUAAUCACUUGCAUUUAAAGGUGCAGUUGAAUGAAACAAACCAUAAGCUAUUUGAGCUAUCGAUGAGAUGGAGUAUCUGUCUACACUGUGCUUGAUAUUUUUGUACAAAAUGCAUUGACAAUCCUACUAAAUCAUUAAGUCAUUAUAUGAGCAAUUUGAUCACUUUAGUGGACUUCAACCAGCUUUAUGGAUCCUGUCUAUCUGUUCUUCAGCCCACUCGCUUGCAUUGCAAGACAGGCAAAAUAAUAAUAAUUUAUAGAUGAGUUAGUAGUCCAAGACCCAAUUACAUUUUCUACAUCUCAAAUAGCACUCUAUGCCCUAUGUAGUGCACUACUUUUGACCAGGGCCCAUAGGGCUCUUGUCAAAAGUAGUGAACUAUGUUGUUAUUAGGGUGCCAUCUGGGUCAUUGCCAUUGAGUUCAAGUGGCAGAUCAAUGUGUUUGAUCUACAUAUCUAACUUGAAGAAAAUGUAUGCAUUUAUUUAUGGCAAAAUAACCUAUUGCACUCUUACUGAAAUUAGAAGACUGUUGUAUGUAGCACUUUAAAAAAUGUACCUUGUUUAACUGAGCCAAUCAUGUUCAUGUUGCUAUGCAGAAUAGUGCAGUGGAACGUUAGACCCCUUGUUGUUUGGUCUGUCACUUCAGUGACAUAAUUCAGGGAAAGUCAGGGUUUAUUUCAUUUAUUUUGUCAAAAGAAAAAUCAAACUUUGAAUAUGUUCAAAUUCAAUCAAUGAAAAUGUUCAGUUUUGGAUUUGUUUGUAUUUUGUAUGAAAUUGUGAACAAUUUAUGUAAUGAGCAGUUUUGGUUAACAUUAAAUCAUUUAAAAAAUCAUAA